AAUAUAUAUUCGAUAAGAGUACUCGACACCAGCUCGACACAGUCGUGACUCUAUUAACUCGGUUCAGUGUUUUCGGGACUUAGUUGUGUUGCGAUUGCUGCUAUUUGGUAUUUUUUAAUAAAAAUAACAUUUACAUCGUCAGUUUAACUCCGUCAAUAAAAUAAUUGCUUUGCCAUGGAUCUCUCAAAAAUGUCAAACGAUAAAAAAUUGCAGUUAUGCAAAUACUAUUUUUAUGGUGGUUUUGGAUUACUUCCAUUUCUUUGGGCUGUGAAUGCCAUUUGGUUUGCCCAACAAGCAUUCUGUGCACCUCCAUAUGAGGAACAAAAACAGAUUAAAAAAUAUGUGAUACUGUCUGGAGUAUUAGCACUAAUAUCGAUAUCUGCAUAUGUGGCUUGGAUAAUUGUAUUUCAAACCUACAGAGUAGAAUGGGGUCAAUUUGCAGACUCUAUUAGUUUUGUAAUUCCAGCAGGAGUACCAUAGGACUUUAUUUAGUUUUUAAUUUAAUUAAAUGAUAUAAUGAUCACUAGGAUUAAGGGAGAUAUAAAAGUAUAUAUUGCUAAAGAAAACGAAGGACUUUUUGUAAAAAACAAUAUACAUUUUAUUU